AUGGGCGACUUCAACGUGAACGCCACCAUCCUCUUCGCCAUCAUGGGCUUCCAGGGCCUGCUGGUGGUUACCAUGCUGGUAGCGGUGCUGCGCCUGAGCUCAGUGGUGGGCCGGCUGGAAGGCCGCAUCGAUGGUAUCUGGGAAGAGCUGCGGAACAUUCGGCAGGAGGUAGCCGGCCGGGAGCAGGUGGCGGGCUUGCGGGAGCAGGUGGCGGGCUUGCGGGAGCAGGUGGCGGAGAAUCGCGGGCUGCUGCGGGCGCUGCACGAGCGGGUGGACCUGGUGCUGCGUCACCGCCACGACGACCAGUCGGGCGCCGUCAUGCUGACUCCCGCGGAACCGGUGCCCGACCCGGCGGCCGACUAG